UGAUCAGAGCGCACGGCGCACGCACCAGACGCAAAGGGAGAGAGGGAGGAGAGGCGCGCACACGUUCCGCUGGUUCUCAGCACACUGGACGCGCGCAACAGAUCUGUGUGUGCCCAGGAAGAACAGAGAGACACACAUCUGGAUGUUUCUCACUUCUUCUUCUUUUUAAUGGAAAUUAGAAACAACUUGAGCCGUUAAGGUGUUGUCCGUGUCUCGUGAGACAUGCCGCCGCUGACUGCGGGAGCUCAGCCUUCAGUCAACUGAAACUGCGCGGGGGUUGACCUGUGCUGCGUUUCUUUAUUUCUUGGAGCUAUUAUUUGUGAUUGCCUACAAAAAAAAAGAAGAAGGAAAAUGGAACCAGGAAAAAUGAACGGACUAUUUUGGACCACGGUUUGGACGUUCGUGGCUGUUUUGACGCAAGACGUCGCCGGUAAGACCCUCAAGUACCAGGUGCGCGAGGAGCAGAAGAUCGGCACGGUCAUCGCGCGCCUCCGGGACGACGUGGCGGACGUGCUGGCCAAACUUCCGAGCUCCGUGUCGCUGCGCUUCAGAGCCAUGCAGCGCGAGAGCUCGUCGUCGCUGGCGGUGCGCGAGCAGGACGGCGAGAUCAGCAUCAGGACCAAGAUCGACCGCGAGAAACUCUGCGAGAAGAACCUCAACUGCUCCAUCCAGUUCGACGUGCUCACGCUGCCCACCGAGCACCUGCAGCUGUUCCACGUGCAGGUGGAGGUGCUGGACGUGAACGACAACUCGCCGCAGUUCGCCCGCGCCGUGAUCCCCAUAGAGAUCUCCGAGAGCGCGGCGGUGGGCGCGCGCAUCCCGCUGGACAGCGCCACGGACCUCGACGUCGGGGAGAACUCGCUCCACACGUACGCGCUGGAGGCCAACAACUUUUUCAAGAUCGACGUCCAGUCCAGGAGCGACGGGGUGAAAUACGCGGAGCUGGUGGUGCUCCGGGAGCUGGACCGGGAGGUGCGCUCCGCUUACGAACUUCAGUACACCGCUUCCGAUGGGGGCGUGCCCUCCAGAACCGGGUCGACGCUUCUCAAAAUCAGCGUGUUGGACUCCAACGACAACAGCCCCGUUUUCGACGAGUCGUCCUACGUCAUCGACCUGCCGGAGGACGCGCCGGUCGGCACGCUGCUCGUCGACCUGAACGCCACGGACGCGGACGACGGCGCCAACGCCAAGAUCGUGUACUCCUUCAGCAGCCACGUGUCGCCCAAGAUCACGGAGACGUUCAAGAUCCACGCGGACAGCGGGCGCCUGAGCCUGGCGCGGCGCGUGGACUACGAGGCCGCCGCCUCGUACGACAUCGACGUCCAGGCGCAGGACGCGGGCCCCAACUCCAUGCCGGCGCACUGCAAGAUCCUGGUGAAGGUGGCGGACGUCAACGACAACAAGCCGGACAUCAGCGUCAACCUCGUGUCGGCCCAGGGGAACGGCGACGCGGCGGCGUACGUGUCCGAGGCGGCGCCCGUCGACACGUUCGUGGCGCUGGUGCGGGUGGAGGACGCGGACUCCGGGGCCAACGGCGAGGUGGAGUGCCGGCUUCACGGCCAGGGGCUCUUCAAGCUGCGGAAGUCCUACGAGAACAACUACAUGGUCCUGACCAACGCGUCGCUGGACCGCGAGAAGAGGUCCGAGUUCAGCCUGACGGUGGUGGCGGAGGACCGCGGGGCGCCGAGCCUCUCCACCGUCAAGCACUUCACGGUCCACGUGACGGACGAGAACGACAACGCGCCGCGCUUCGAGAAGGACCGCUACGAGAUCUUCAAGUCGGAGAACAACGCCCCCGGGGCGUACCUGACCUCCGUGGCGGCGAGCGACCCCGACCUGGACGCCAACGGCCGGGUGAGCUACUCCAUCGCGGAGUCCUCGGUGCACGGGAGCUCCAUCUCCACCUACGUCACGGUGGACCCGUCCAACGGCGCCGUGUACGCGCUGCGCACCUUCGACCGGGAGGACGUGGGCCGCGUGGCGUUCGUGGUGCGGGCGACGGACGCCGGCGAGCCGCCGCUGUCCGGCAACGCCACGGUGGUCCUGAACGUGCUGGACGAGAACGACAACCCGCCGGUGAUCGAGGCGCCGCCGCUGUGGAACUUCACCGCCGACGUGCCGGCGUCCCGCUUCACGGAGGCCGGCCAGCUGGUGACCGCCGUGCGGGCGACGGACCGCGACACGGGCGUCAACGCCGAGCUCGUCUGCUCCAUCGCCGGCGGCAACGAGGAGGCCUUCUUCGCCAUGGACCCGAGGACGUGCGAGAUCCGCGCCAACGCCAGCUUGGAGAACUUCCCCCGGGAGCACGCCGAGCUGACGGUGGUGGUGCGCGACCACGGCCGGGAGAGCCUCAGCGCCAAGGCGGCCAUCCGGAUCACGCUCUACGAGAACAUGGAGAACCACGUGCAGGCGAUGGACCCGGGGGAGUCGUCCGUGGACGCCUCGCUGAUCAUCAUCAUCUCGCUGGGCGCCAUCUGCACCGUGCUGAUGGUCAUCAUGGUGGCGUUCGCCGCCCGCUGCAGCCGCGAGAAGAAGGACACGCGGCACUCCUACAACUGCCGGGUGGCGGAGUCGACCCACCAGCGGCGGCCCAAGAAGCCGUCGCGCCAGAUCCACAAGGGCGACAUCACCCUGGUGCCCACGGUGAACGGCGCGCUGCCCGUCGGGGCGCACCGCCAGCAGCGCUCGCCGCCGGCCACGCCCCCGAUGGACCGCGCCCAGGCGGCGGGCGGCCGGCAGCAGAGCCACCACAGCCGCCAGUCCCUCAACAGCCUGGUGACCAUCUCGUCCAAUCACAUCCCGGAGAGCUUCGCCCUGGAGCUGGCGCACGCCACUCCGCCGGUGGAGCAAGUCUCACAGCUUCUGUCCAUGCUCCAUCAGGGCCAGUACCAGCCCAGACCCAGUUUCCGUGGCAACAAAUACUCACGCAGCUACAGAUAUGCAUUACAAGACAUGGACAAGUUCAGCCUGAAGGACAGUGGCCGUGGGGACAGCGAGGCCGGAGACAGCGACUGUGACCUGGGCCGGGACUCCCCCGUGGACCGGCUGCUGCUGGGGGAGGGGUUCUCCGACCUCAUCCACCUGGAGAUGCACCACCGACUCCACCCAGCCAUGCGACUGUGCACGGAUGAAUGCCGCAUCCUGGGACACUCGGACCAGUGCUGGAUGCCCCCCGUCUCCUCGCCGGCGUCCUCCGACUACCGCAACAACAUGUACAUCCCGGGGGAGGAGUCCUCCCCGCAGCCUCCCGUCGUCGAGGACGACCAGUCCUCCGUCGACUCGGAGCGCCGCAAGAGCUUCUCCACUUUCGGCAAGGAGUCCGGGAACGACGAAGAGGAGGAGGAGGGCGGCGGCGGCGGAGGAGGAGGAGACGUCAACGGGGGAGGAGGAGGAAGCGACGCUUGCGCGGCCGGAGGAGGAGGGGCCGGCUCCCUCCUCACGGAGAUGAACUCGGUGUUCCAGAGGCUCCUCCCCCCCAACAUGGACUCGUACGCAGAGUGCUCCGAAACGAGCCCGCCCUCUUCUUCCUCGUCGACCAAUGAGAGAGGAGGCGGGCGCGGCGGAAACAACAACGCCGUCCCUCAAGACAACCGGAGAGGAUUGUUGCCGGGCGGGAAAGGCCCCGCUUACCCGCCGGGCGUGGCCGCGUGGGCGGCCAACACCCACUACCUGAACCCCGGGAGCGGCUCGACGGGAGCCAAUCACGUCGCGGCGUCUCCUUCGCCGUCGUCCUCCAACGCCACGUCCGCGUCGACCAACGGGCAGCCGCAGCCGCAGCCGCCGCACCUCAAGUGGCUGCCGGCCAUGGAGGAGAUCCCCGAGAACUACGAGGAAGACGACUUCGACGGCGUGUUCCAUCAGGGCGGCAAGCGCGGCGAGCGCGGCGACGGGCGCCACGAGGCCGGCAUGGACGCCAGCGAGCUCGUCCACGAGAUCAACAAACUGCUGCAGGACGUCCGGCAGAACUAGAGAGAGAAGAAGAAGAAGAAGAAGGCAUAGCAUGGUUUUCACGUCUCACCUCGUUCUCUGUGUCGACAUAUAUGAACUUCAUGAUGACUGUUUUCUCGUUCGCUAUAACGCUCGUCUUGUUUAUUUUUUAACCAAAUAUCCCGAAAAACGCGGCACUGGAGUUUUGGGAGGGCGGCGACUCGAAGGCGUCGCAACCGAGCGCCCGAAAAAACAGACACUAGUGUAAUAACACGUGUUACUACACUGUUAUUACACCGUUAUUACACGUCUCAGAAAAAAAUCGCGCAAACGAGCAGAAGAUGAACCCUUUCUUCGUUUUGUUUCUUCGUGAACAGACUCCAAAAGGGGGAGGAGCCAAAAGUCGCGCGAUCCAUUUUGUUGGUGCUUUUUACGGCGUACAAUGUUGUACAGCUUCCUGUGGGAAAAAAAGAAGGCAAACUCACGUGAAUAUCGUGCAUCGUCUCUCCUGUUUUCUGUUUUUUUUGUUAAUAUGGAAUGUAAUUGUACAAUUUGACCUUUUUGCAUACACUCUUUUUUACUUCUAUAUAUUUAUAUGUGUCCGUGUAUGUUUGUACAGAAAAAAGAAAAAUGUCUAUUUUUUAUAAUUGUCACUUGCAUGUCUUAAUAUCACUCAAUGUGUCCCCCCCCCCCCCCCUCUGUUUAUUUUAUAAAACAAACCGUAUUUAAUUUUGGUCUUGAAUGUGUGUGUGUGUGUGUGUGUGUGUGCGUAUUGAAAAAUAAUCACAUUCCAAUGCAGUUCCAUGUUGGAAGUUGGUAUUUUGUACGGUGACAUUGUGACCAUCGGACGAUCAAUAAAGAGGAGAGGAUUCAUAACGA